GAUCUUUCGGCUCCCCCAAGUCGUCCGAGAUGCUUGUCUAUGAGAGUCGAUGAUCGCUCUUGAGCCGCAUGCUCGCUGCAGCCACACAUGUGUUCCCAAGGAUAAUAAAUCUUUUCUGAACAUGGGUCAACACGAAAUAUUCGGUCGUCACAGUCGUCAUUUGCGGAUGCUUGAGGCAAUGGCUAUGCAGGGAGGCAAGGCAAGUAGGUCUUGAUAAAGGCUCCGCCUGCUGCAAAUUUGUGCCUUGCCUCGUCCUCUCUGUUCUUUUCAAAGAUUGCUGGUGUAGCUUAAGCGUACUUCUGGCUGUCGGGUCUCCUUAUAUCUUUGUUCUAGGAGUAAACACUAUGGUACCACCCACGACCCUGUGGCUUGUCGGCCUCUCUACAAUACCCUUAGCUUUGGCCGGCAGCCCGAGGUACGACGCCAUCUUCCAAAAUUCUUUGCCUCUGGCACCAAUCGCGACUCCGGCAAGCUCCACCAAUGUCAAUGGCCAACAAAUAGACUUUUACGAGGUUACUAUUGAGCCAUUUCAGAAGCAGGUUUACCCCGACCUGGGUCCUGCCAACCUUGUGGGUUAUAACGGUGUUUCGCCAGGACCGACUUACUACGUCAAGAAGGGCACGCAGACAGUCAUUCGCUACCAUAACAACCACACUGAUGAUUCUGUGGUUCAUCUUCAUGGCUCAAGCACGCACACGCCAUGGGAUGGCUGGCCUAGCGAUCAUAUCCAUUACGGUCAAUUCAAGGAUUAUUACUAUCCAAACAAUUCAACUGCCCGAUCUAUCUGGUAUCACGACCACGCCGACGGUAUCACUUCGACAAACUGUUUCAGAGGCUUGAUCGGUACAUAUAUCAUCUACGAUCCUGAAGAAGGCAAACUGGGUCUUCCUGCUGGAAAGUACGACAUACCGCUUAUGGUCAACGACAAGAUGUACACCGACACAGGUGAUCUUGUCUCGAUCGCUAAUGAGCAUAACGAUUUCAUCGGAGACACGAUGGAAGUAAAUGGCCAGCCUUGGCCAUAUCUCGAGGUCGAGCCUCGAAAGUACAGACUACGACUUUAUAACACUGCCACAAGUCGACCAUUUGACCUUCACGUGGAACAGUCCAAUGGUGACUGGCUCGACUUCCAAAUUAUCGCCUCAGACUCCGGUCUAUUCGGCUCUCCGGUUGCCUCCAACGAUGUCACUAUAGCGAUGGGAGAAAGAUACGAGAUUGUCGUUGACUUCUCAAGUUUUGCAAACCAGAAUCUCACUAUGAAAAACGCCUUCCAUCUGGGGGGUCAAGGUCUCGCACAGUUCGACAACGAGGAUCUCAUUAUGUCAUUCGUCGUUGGUGAGUCUGUGGCAGAUUGGUCAUCUAACGAUGUUCCUGGCACUCUGAACGAGAACAUCGCCUGGCCCCAGGACCUCGACGAUGUUGAUCAUGUUUUCAGAUUUCAGCGAGGCGGAGAGAACAGCUGGACUAUCAACGGCAUAGACUUCGACGAUAUUAACAACAGAAUACUCGCGAGACCACCCCAAGGCUCAGUCCAGCGUUGGAGAUUGGUUUACGCUGGAGGUCCCGGCUUUCACCCGGUCCACGUCCACCUGGUGGACUUCAAGAUCCUAUCUCGAACCGGCGGUAGUCGUGUCGUACUACCUUAUGAGUCGGCAGGCUUAAAAGAUAUCGUGCUUCUCGAACCUGGUGAAACGGUCGACAUUGAGGCGCAUUAUGGCCCUUGGAACGGACUCUAUAUGUUCCAUUGUCACAACCUUAUACAUGAAGAUCACUUGAUGAUGGCAUCUUUCAACGUUACCAGACUCGAAGCAUUAGGGUAUGACAACGUUGAGUCUCUGGACACUCCUGACGACACUCGGUUCUUAGCAGAAGAUUGGUCGGCUGAAGCCUACUCUAAUGACGAGAUCCAAGGUAGACUUAAUUGGCUCGGUAAUUUGGGUGCAUACAAUGAGCGCGAUCAAAUCGUCACUGCAGUCGCGGCUUACUACUCGGAUAACCCCAAUCCUCCAACCGAGACCAGCAAUGUGCCAGAAGCUGGGUCUGUUCAAACACAAGGUUGGGGGCAGAACUGGCAGAAUCACAGAGGAGUGCCCGGAGUGUAGCCUGUCAAGAAAACAACCAACGCAGACGGGAAUAAGCUGAACUUCCCGCAAGAUUUGUUAUUUGCUUUCUACACAUGAAAAUUCCCAAGACAGUUAGACUUAUACAGUAACAAGACGUUACCUCGAUGGUGGAUGUAUCAUUUACAUAGACUCGCA